CCAUUGAGAUUUCACCUUUGGAUCUGUAAAAAAAAGAAAAGAAAAAAAAGACCCAAAUAUUUGAACCCCUUCGAACCGGAACCCAGUUGGUAUUACCUCCGGAAUUUGAAUUCCUUUGCUUUCUCGAUCGGGUCGAUUGAAACUGUGCCCGGCUUUUCAUCGACGAGAGUCUUCUGUUCACAAGGAAGAGGAUCCUUGAACAGAUCGGGCCAAUGAGAUCGUUUGGUCCCAGCCGCACGAUCUAAUUUAAAGAGAUCGGAGGGCUCCCCGCAUCAUCCCCAUCUUUUGCUAACAUGGGGAUCCCUCAUCUCCCCAUCCCACCUCUUCGAGAGCCUAUAUAUAUCCAGAGAGGUUUCUCUUGAAUCCUUGAUUUCGCUCACAUCACUCUCUACGUAUUCGUCGUCUACACAGGUACACAAAUUUGGUUUCUGCUUCUGGAAUCUGUGAGGGUUUGACGUCGGGGACGAUACGAGAUGAGGAGGAAUUGAGAUUCAAAUGCUACUGCAUCAAAGAGGGGAUUGGGAUUCAAAUGCUCGGAUCUGCUGGUGUGUUACUGAGAUGUCGAAUCGUGUGUUGGUGGAUUAGUGGGAGCUAGAUUUGGAUUUUGUGUGGAAAAAAUGCGGGCUUUGAGUGUAGCCGAAUUUGCGAUUUGGAGUGACUGAGGAGGAGCAUUGUGUAAUUAGGUCUCUUUGAAGUAAUUGGAAUUUGAAGUACAUGUUUGAGAUUGUGGACAUGGUGGUUAUCAGAGACCUCUUCACCUAAUGGAGAUUGGUCUGGUCCAGGUCUUAUGACCUCCAGCUUGAAGAAGUCAUUCCAAUUGAAUUUUGGAACUCGUUCUUUUGUAAGGAAUGCUGUUAGGUUAAAGACAUCUUUUAUGGGGUAGGAAGUGGGGGCGAAAUGGUUUUAAAUUUCAGAUAUUUAAAGACAUGGAGGAGACACGAGAUGAUAGAGGGCUAGCAGAGCAAGGGCCUCCAAAUGCAUCAUGGUGGCCUUCAGAUUUCGUGGACAAAUUUGGAUCUGUUUCUUUGGGAUCCCAAGAAGAAUCACUGAGUAAUACUGAAUCACCUAGAAGUUCGGACCAAUAUGUGUUGUCAUCUCAGAAGGCAUCACAAGUAUUAUGGCAAACUGGAAUGCUCUUAGAACCGAUUCCCAAUGGUUUCUAUUCUGUCAUUCCGGAGAAAAGGCUCAAGGAGAUCUUUGAUGAUAUUCCUACUCUUGAUGAGCUUCAUGCUCUUGAAGCAGAGGGUUUGAGAGCCGAUGUCAUUCUUGUAGAUACUACAAAAGACAAAAAGGUGUCCAUGCUGAAGCAACUGAUUGUGACUCUGGUGAAAGGAUUGAACGCAAAUCCAGCUCGAAUGAUAAAAAAGAUUGCUGGAUUGGUUUCAGAUUUUUAUAAGCGGCCAAAUGCAGAAAGUCCAGCAAAAGCUGCACUUGAAGAAACCUCCCACAUGUUUGAGAAUCGAGGAGUCCAACUUUUGGGGCAAAUAAAACAUGGUUCAUGCCGUCCUAGAGCAAUCUUAUUCAAAGUUCUAGCAGACACUAUAGGUCUUGAAAGUAGGCUAAUGGUGGGUUUGCCUAUUGAUGGAGCCGUUGAGUGUGUAGAUUCAUACAAGCAUAUGUCUGUGGUAGUUGUGUUGAACUCUGUUGAACUACUGGUCGACCUGAUGCGGUUUCCUGGGCAGCUGUUACCCCGAUCAACCAAAGCAAUAUUUAUGACCCAUAUUUCUGCUGCUGGGGAGAGUGAUAGUGCAGAGAACGACUCGUGUGAUUCACCACUAGAACCAAACAGUCCUCUAUAUGGAUUUUCAGAGAGAAUGGAUCCUGACAGUGCUGAAAAAGAUGAUAGUCCUCAGUUCCGUGGUAGAUUUGAUGUGCCCUCAAAUGCACAAGGUCCCUCAUUACAAAAUAUAAUGUUGCGACCUAUUACCUCCGUUGAAAGAAAACUGAGUUUUUCACAUAGUGAACCCAACAUUGCAACUACAUUUUGGCGGCGUAGUCGGAGGAAGGCCAUUGCUGAACAGCGGACUGCUAGUUCAAGUCCAGAGCAUCCUUCGUUCCGAGCACGUGGGCGGUCCAUGCUCAGUGGUGAUGGGAAAUCUUUUAGAGAUUAUGCUGAUGACAUGCCUACCUCAAGGUACAGGUCAGACGGUGCAUCAACAUCAGAAGCUCGCAGAUUAAGAAGAAGAAGCAUGAGUAUUACUCCAGAGAUUGGCGAUGAUAUCGUAAGGGCUGUACGAGCAAUGAAUGAAACAUUGAAGCAGAAUCGUCUUUUGAGAGAGCAAGGUGAUGAUCAUAGAUCCGGUCUUCAGAAAAAUGACCAAAUCAGUUCUCAAAAAGCAAUAUCAUUACCUUCAUCUCCACAUCAGUAUAGGAGUCAAACAUCUGAUAGAAUUGGACCGUCAGAGUUUGCAACAAAUGAUGAAUUGGUUUUAACAUGGAACAGAAUUCUUGAAUCCGCCACAUUUGAUAAUAAGCCUCUAUUGCCUUACCAGGAAUGGAAUAUUGAUUUCACAGAAUUGACUGUUGGAACUCGUGUUGGAAUAGGGUUCUUUGGAGAAGUCUUUCGAGGUGUUUGGAAUGGAACAGAUGUUGCAAUAAAGGUUUUCUUAGAGCAAGACCUAACUGCUGAAAACAUGGAAGACUUCUGCAAUGAGAUAUCAAUUCUUAGUCGUCUUCGGCAUCCCAAUGUUAUUCUAUUUUUGGGUGCAUGCACGAAGCCUCCACGCUUAUCAAUGGUUACAGAAUACAUGGAGAUGGGAUCUUUGUAUUAUUUGAUUCAUUUGAGUGGCCAGAAGAAGAAGCUUAGCUGGCGAAGGAGACUAAGGAUGUUGCGUGACAUAUGCAGGGGGUUGAUGUGCAUGCACCGGAUGAAGAUAGUUCAUCGUGAUCUAAAAAGUGCAAAUUGUCUAGUGAAUAAGCACUGGACUGUCAAGCUUUGUGACUUUGGACUCUCAAGAAUAAUGUCUGAGACAAACAUGAAGGACUCAUCGUCUGCAGGAACUCCGGAAUGGAUGGCACCUGAGCUUAUUCGAAAUGAACCCUUCACUGAAAAAUGUGAUAUUUUCAGCCUUGGGGUGUUAAUGUGGGAGCUCUGCACUCUAAAUAGACCGUGGGAAGGUGUUCCACCAGAGAGGGUAGUUUACGCUGUUGCGAAUGAAGGUUCCCGAUUGGAGAUCCCUGAUGGUCCGCUAGGCAGGCUUAUUUCGGAUUGUUGGACGGAACCGCAGGAUCGACCGAGCUGCGAGGACAUACUCUCCCGCUUGUUAGACUGCGAAUACUCACUUUGCUGAUACAAUCUUGUUUCUUGUGUAUAGAAAACAUGGUAGAGGUUUUCACUUUGUAUUCUCGGCUUUAAGGUGCAUGCUGUUGUCAAUUUCUCAUCUUUUGCUUUUAGUUUUGCAUCCUCCGAUGUUUUCCUGCAACUCAGCUUUUUUAUUGAACUUCCGACUUCCGAAAAUACUUUCGACUACUUGCAUGUAAGGGGUCAUUCCUUCUUGCGGACGACGGAUUAGUAAGCAGUUGUUCCUUGUUACAGACUAAUUACAUUAUGACACGUGUGCAAAA